GGAUAAAGCUGACCCACCAAAACACCUGGGUCACUUCUAUCCUGCCCUCUCUCGAAGCUUUCGUGAAUAACCUCUCAUCCUCUCACACAAAGUUGCUUCUGCCGGACCGUUCGCCGACUUUGUUCGAGAUCUCGCCGGAUCGUUGGCCGCUUCUUUUCGGUUUGAAACCCUCGUGAGUCUGCUUCUUUGCUCUGUUUGUUUUUGUCCUGAAAAGCUUCACUGGGAUUGGGUAAAUGGUAUUUGGAGUCGUCCUGAAAAGCAGUGAAGGGACUUAUGGAUUCCAUGGGAGGCUGCUUGCCGCCUCAAAACCACUGUUUGAUGAUGAAGUUGUAAGAAAGGGCAACCACUUGGAGCAAAGGGAAAAGUUGGGGUUGACUCCUGCACCCAGAGGACGUUCAAACACUCAGAAGCUGACUACUGAGCCAACUGAUGCUCUUCAGAAAGUUGAGGUAGAAAAAGCGAAGCAGGAUGAUGCCUUUUCUGAUCUAAGUAAUCUCUUGGGAGAGCUGAAGGAUAUGGCCAUCGACAUGGGCUCUGAAAUUGAGAGGCAUAACAAAGCUCUGGAUCAUGUCUUUGAUGAUGUCGAUGUACUUAAUGACCGAAUUAAAGGUGCAAAUCAACGCGGUCGUCGUCUACUUGGAAAAUAGAAGGCAGGUUGUCUGAUUUGCCGAGAGACCUGCUAAUUCUUGUUUUUCUUUCCUUCAGGCCUCUCAUAUGUACUUAAACUUGGAUUUGGACAAGUUUUCUUGUAUUUCAAUUUCAUGAAUGCUUGUUCAGCUGCAGUUGAAAGCAUCACUAUUAUUGUUAAUUUUUUUAUUUUUAUUUUUUAACUGACCGUUGUCGAGA